AUGGCGCAGCAAAAGUUCUUCUCCGGUCUGACUGAGGACAUGAUCAAGCGGGCUGCGGGCGAGCGGCCAGACCGCCAAAAAACACAAUUCUACUGGCCUGACGAGGACGCCCCCAAACCGGCAAUACUCACAGACGUGACCCCCUCAAUCAAUGGUCGUCCACAUCAAUCAAGCCGAAGGUCAUGGACAGCGAGCAGUGGUAGUACUGCCGUCGACUCGCCUGCCACACCCCACUAUCACCAUCAAUCAAUUUGGGAGCCUUUAGUGCGGGACCGCCAUCCAAAGCACGCCGAAUCGCACAUCCAGUUCUACGACGGUGUUGGCUCCUCGUUCACCGAGCUGGAGCACACGCGGGCGCACGAGCGCCAUCGGAUCGAGCAGUUCCUGCGCCACCAGUCAGAGGAUGAGACGGGCGAGGCGGCUCGGGCUAAGCGUCUCAGCACUUUGCAGUCCAAUAUCGUGUUUUACGACUACUGCACGCCUGUCGCAUUGUCAGUGAACGGGAGCGCCAGAGAUCGGCAAACGCACACAGAAGACCGGGAGCGAGCGGACGAGCAGGACGCAUCGGAGCUCAAUGAGCUCGAUUUUGAUGACCGCAGCAGUUACCGGUCGGGCACGGUCUGCUCGUCCACCACCGGCGGUUACCGGCGGUCGACGUCCGAGUUGCCUGAGCACAAGCGCAACUCCCAACGGCACCUACGAUCCAGCAUCAACUUCCACAACGGGUGCGCAACCGCUGACGACCGGGAGGAUCCGCGGAAACCGGUCACCGUGCGCGAGCCGGCCACGAACCGAGUGGUUGUCGGGUUGCCGAACCUGUAGCUCCCCACCACCCCCUCCAUUAUAUCGUGGCAUCACCCUCCCCGCAGUCAAUUGGUGUGGUUGUGGGCAGACCCUUGCACUCCUGCCCUCGAGCUGCUGGGUGAGAUGUUGCUAGCUUGUUGGCGAGGGGGGGAAGGGUGGUCUGAAUAUAUGGUUCGUCAGUUACGGAGCCACAAAGUCAAUCGUACACGACGCCCUGCUCGCCAGAACAGCAAGUGUUGUACACCAGAACCUACCACCGAUGGAGAUAGCAGGUCAGAACCGGAGCAGACGUUCAUAGAC